UCAAAAAGAAGGGACAGGGAUAAAUGGUAGCGCUUUAAAGGGGAAAAAGGUAGUCAGUUGACGUGAGGACAGAGCGAGCAAUGGAGGCGAGGGGGUGAUGGUAGUUCUCUCUCCUACCAUAUUAUCUCUCAUGACGCCACGAUGAGCAAGGGCAUCCGUAACCUGGUGUCUAAGAGGAAAAGAAGGUUCAAGGAAAAUGGCUACGACCUCGAUCUCAGCUACAUCACAGAGAGGCUCAUUGCUAUGGGAUUUCCCGCCCAGAAGCUGGAAGGGGUGUACCGCAACCACAUUGAUGAUGUGUCUCGUUUCCUGGAGGAGAGACACAAGGACCACUACCGAAUAUAUAAUCUAUGUUCAGAGCGGAACCGUUCGUACGACGAGUCACGUUUCCACAACAGAGUGCGCACCUUCCCCUUCGCGGACCACAACCCACCGCCCCUCAUAGACAUCCAGCCACUCUGCAACGACAUUGGCAAGUGGCUCUCCCAGGACCAGAAGAAUGUGGCAGUGGUGCAUUGCAAGGCCGGCAAGGGCCGCACAGGAGUCAUGAUCUGCUGCUACCUCCUCCACUGCCACUACACUCGCCUGGCGCAGGAGGCUCUUGACUUCUACGGGGACAAGAGAACCUUUGACAGAAAAGGUGUGACGAUCCCCAGCCAAAGACGCUAUGUGGAAUACUAUGCCAAACUAGUCAGUUCCAAUUUUAACUAUAACCCACCUUAUGUGCGACUGCGGGAGGCACGCAUGACCCCACCCCUCUCCAGCGUCAACUCAGAGGUGUACCUGGUGGUGAGCUCCCACACCAACAAGAAAGGGUAUAGCACGCAGGUGUGUGAGGUGAAGAAGGGGAAGGAGGCACUGCACCUGCUGGUCAAGGAGGAGGUAGCAAGACCCAUCUCAGGGGACAUCAAGAUUGAACUCAAAAGGACCAACUUUGUCAGGCGAACGGAUAAGCUGUUUAGUGCCUGGCUCAACACACACUUCAUCUUUGAGGAGGGCAAGAAGGUCACAAAUGGCUUUGAAAUCAUUGCGUCUGACCAGAGCAACCACAACACCUGCGGCCCUCACCAGAUUACUCGGCAAAGAUGGGGCGGGGCGGGAUGGGGAGGCGGGCGUGUCAGUGAGCGCGUGUGUGUCAAUCCGUGCAGGAGCAACAGUUUUCGGGCGUCGAACAAGUCGGAGGGACACAGACACAGACGGCAGGAGUCAGCGGAGGGGCGGGCGGCUCUGUCGGGGCUCGGGGGUGGGGGCAUGGACCAGCACCCACCCCGAGAACCCCGCCGGAGGAACAGAGUGGCCGGGGAGAGCAAAAGUUUGCCAACUGGUCACCUCACAUGCUUAGCGGCACAGGAAGACUGGCACCCACUACCUCCGCCGCAGCCCCCGCCACCCUCCCCUGGUGAUGCCAGCCCCCCACCACACCUCCGCCACGCCAGGCAGGACAGCCGCCACCGCCGCCGCCACCACACCCAGCAUCAGCAUCUUCCCAGCAGUGAGGGUGGUGGGUCGGGUGAGACGUGGGAGGAGGGGCGGCCUGAGGAACAAGAGGUACUGGUGGUGCUGAAGAAGGAUCAGUUAGACAAAGCAAGCAAAGACACUCACCACAAGCUCCUCCCACAAGACUUCCAGAUUGAGCUGUGGUGGAUGGUGACCUAUGUGAACAAGGGCGGUGGGGGCAGCAGCAGCAGCAGCAACAAUGCGGUGGACUCCCGGGACAGUGGCUCUACCCCAAGUACCAUCACCCCCUCUGGCUCCUCCUCCGACACUGAUGACGACGAGGAGGACGAGGACGAGGACGAGGACUGGGAUUCAGGUAGUGGCGGAGAAAGGAGAGGCCCACAGUUGUCCUCCUCCCCCUUUGGAUCACAGAGUCUGAAUGGCCACUGCCCUGAGCGCUAUGUGGGGCGUUACCGCCUCAUGUCAGACUGCUCCGCUGCCCAACCCAACCAUUUCAACCCACCGGAGGGGCCUACAUGACCCUAGCCCCCCGUCCUUAUCCUCACCCUAUCCUUCCCUCUCAUCCUAUUCCUCAUCUUAAUCCUCACUCCAAACCCCACAAUCCUCACCUCAUCUUCAUCACUAUCCACAUCCUUCCCCUCACACUCCCUCCCAUCCUUCCCAUCCACUGCUUCCACCACCACCGCUGCCACCACCACCACUACCACCACCACCACCGUCGCCACCACCAGGCCAAAGCUCCACCCACGGAGGGGUUGGAGGUACUGCUGUGACAACCCCUCCACCGACACCCCUCCACCACCACCACCACCACCACCCUUCCAUCACCACCACCACCACCACCACCACACCUCACACCACCACCACCACCACCUCUCUGGGACCUGCUGGGGUUGGGGGGCUGUGCUGUGGGGAGUGGGGUGUUCAGGCUGCCCCCCUCCACCUCACCCCCAUCACCUGGCCCUCUCCCCACCCACCACUCCACCACCACCGCCACUCUUGGCUGAUCUAAAGGGCAGCUUCAUGCAGUUCUGUUUUCUGUUUCAUCACGUUUUCUCCUCCUCCGGUACCCCAGGCUCACUCAUUUUUAUUAUUAUUUUUUUUUUCAACAUCUCCCAUCUUUCAUCAGCAAUAUUUUCCCUGUAAAGAUUAAAAAAAAAGUAAAAAAAAGAGAAAAAGUUAAUUAGAAAAAAAAAACAUAUAUAGCAUAAAUAUAUGAAUAUAUGAAUAUAUAUAUUAUACUAUACAUAGAUAUAUAAUUACCAUAAAAAAGUGAAAAAAAAAAUUAAUAAUGUUUUAUGAGAUCUUCAGGUUGGUUAGUUGUCAAGGUGUUUGGCAGGUGUGUGUGUGUGUGUGUGUGUGUGUGUGUGUGCGUGCAUGCGUGAGAGAAAUAUUUGUUGUGGUUUUUAUUUAUGUACCAGUUCUCAUCCUCUCUCUCUCUCUCUCUCUCUCUCUCUCUCUCUCUCUCUCUCUCUCUCUCUCUCUCUCUCUCUCUCUCUCUCUCUCUCUCUCUCUCUCUCUCUCUCUCUCUCUCUCUCUCUCUCUCUCUGAUGGACUGAACAACUCAAUUUCUUUGUAUAUUUUCUAUUUGUCUAUUUUCUAUCUUUUUAUGUUUUUCUUAUUUUCUUGUUACAUAUUUCCUUCGUUCCCUUUUCUAAUUAUUGUAUUUAUCAUGUUUUCUUUUGUUUUUCUCCCUUUUGUUCUAAUCCAACUUAUCCCAUAUAAUUUUUACUCUCUUAUUUGUCAUACUUCACUUCUCCUUUUUUCUCUUUAUUUAUUCUUUUAAUUGUCUCUACACCUCAUUCACUCAUUCCCUAUUGUCUUUUACCUUUGUUUUCUUUUUUUCCCCUUCUUCCCUUUAUUCAUUCAUUUCCUCUUCGUCCUUUUGAUUUUUUCCCUUCCAUCUUCUUUGCUUUAAUUUUUUCCCUCUCUUCCUUAUCUGCUUCACUGUGGUUGGCUGGGUCAGUGUUAAGAGGAAGAAGAUGUAGGAAGAAGAAGAAGAAGAAGAAGAAGAAGUAUAUCUGAAAGCCAUACCUACCUCUGCUUUACUUGUGUGUGUGUGUAUAUGUAUGUAUGUAUGUAUGUGUGUGAAAGAGAGAGUGAGUGUAUUUUUUAUUUUUAUUUUUUUUAUCGUGUGUUAUUUUUUUUUUUGACAUUGUACAUUUAUCUUUAAACUGACAAGCUUCCACAUUCGAAGCCAUAUAGAUUAUUAUUAUUAUUAUUAUUAUUAUUAUUAUUAUUAUUAUUAUUAUUAUUAUUAUUAUUAUGUACUGCGGGGGUAAUUAGCACAACCUACACGGGUAUACAUAGAUAUGCUGGUUUAAUUAAUGUAGCAUUAACGAAAAUUUGAAUGUGUAUUGAAAGGAAAAUACAAACAUUUUUAUGUGGUAUGUAUUGGAUUACAUACUUGACACACACACACACACACACACACACACACACACACACACACACACACACACACACACACACACACACACACACACACACACACACACACACACACACACACACACACACACACACACACACACACACGUACAUACAGACAUAAAUGCAAUACGUAAAUGCAUGCAGUCGGAAUUGUCGUAGGAAGUGAGUGGAUGUGUGUGUGUGUGUGUGUGUGUGUGUGUGUGUGUGUGUGUGUGAAGAAUAUUAAUCUACUUAGUGCUUUUUUCUCUGAUUUUUCUGGGUGUAUAUUUGAGGGAGUGAAUUCGUAGCACAGAACUCAGGCAAUCAGGUGGAAAAGAAACAAGGGUGGCAAUUCAAAAGAAGAGUGUCUCCCUAAGGUGUAUUUUCUGUCAUUAUGCGACUUUGUUUACGUAUCUCAAGGAAGGAAGGAGGGAGAAAUUACAUACCCUCGUUAUUUUCAUGGAUAGAUUUUUAGUCACAAUAGUUAUUGAUACUUGGUUGUGGAGGGGAAAAAAUGCAUCACUUAUUAUACAGUGUUUGGAAGAAGUUUGGAUAGAGGUUGUGGAAGGAAGGGUUUUCUCUCUCUCUCUCUCUCUCUCUCUCUCUCUCUCUCUCUCUCUCUCCUCUCUCUCUCUCUCUCUCUCUCUCUCUCUCUCUCUCUCUCUCUCUCUCUCUCUCUCUCUCUCUCUCUCUCUCUCUCUAUCUCUCUCUCUCUCUUACUGACUUCCUUUUUCCAUGGAUAGUUUAAUAGGAAAGUCACAUUAAUUGUCGACAUUUGGUUGUGGAGGGGAAAAUGCAUCACUUCUUUGCUAUACGGUGUCUGGAGGAAGUGUUCUCUCUCUCACUCUCUCUCUUACUUUCUUUUUUCAUGGAUAGUUUAAUAGGGAAGUCACAUUAACUGUCGGCAUUUGGUUGUGGAGAGGAAAACGCGUCACUUCUUUACUAUACAGUGUCUGGAGGAAGUUUGGAGGGAAGUUAUGGAAAGAAGGGUUCUCUCUCUCACUCCUCUGUUUCUCAUUGAUAGAUGUUAAGGAUUGAGUGACGUUUGUUGAAGAAAAAGCACAUUCAUUUCUUGACUGUCCUCUCAACUUUGCGUCGAUGUGAUCUCCUCAGUCGUGUUCUGGGUCAGCUGUACAAAUAUCACUCCUCUGCAUAUUUUGGUUUUAUUCUGGGUACAUGUUUUAAUUUGGAAUGCUUGGAAGAGAGAGAGAGAGAGAGAGAGAGAGAGAGAGAGAGAGAGAGAGAGAGAGAGAGAGAGAGAGAGAGAGAGUUAUGCUUAAAUAUUUCAAUAUGCAUGUAGUUUCCCUGUUCAAUUAUGUUACAGAGAAAUGGGGAAAAAAACUGAAGGUACGAGAUUGAACCUUUAUAAUACAUUGUUUCAUCUUGUUGUUUUGUUCCAAGUAUCAUGUUUGAUCUAGACGACUUGAGACUGCACGUCCCUCUAGAUUAUUACUGCUAUAGUGUUUCAUCCGUCAUGUUCGCAAGAAAGGGAAAAGAAAACACUAGAACAAAUUAAACUUUCUUAUUAUUGCAUCUUUAUUUUAUCCGUCAUGUUUUGCAAGAAAUGAGAAAGAAAAUAUCUCUUAAGAACCACAGUUUGUCCCCAUUAUUGCAGCUUCAUUUUAUCUUUGUUGUAUUUGCAAGAAGGGAAAGAAAAUAUUCCUGAGAACUACAAUUGUACUUUCCUCUCAAAGCUGUAAGAAGGGAAAGAAACUAUUCCUAAGAACUACAACUUCACUUUCCUUUCAAAAUUGCAUUGUGGAAGAGUGACUAAGAGGAGGAUCUGAUAGAGUGACUAAGAGGAAUGAUAGGAGGAUAAAAUAGGAGUGACUAAGAGGAGUGAUAGGAGUGGAGUGACCAAGAGGAAAGGAUCUGAUAGCAUAACAAAGCACUGAAAUGUCACUCCUCAGUCAUCCAAGGAAGCUAAGAAAGACUAUUGAUGUCGUGUGAUCUUUGUUUUUCUUUCCAGUUCUGUCCUGGAAGAUGUACAAAAAAAAAGGGAGCUUAUUUCCUCAACACACCUCUGUCUUGUCGGACUUUUCCCUAUCAAUUUUGUUUUAUUUAUUUAUUUAUUUUGCUCUUCAUCAGUUGCUUUCUAACCUGUCUUUGAACUGGCGUGUAAGAUUGGGUGUUUUUUUUUCCAUCAGGCAGUCACACAACUGCUCAUUUCACUUGCUCACUCUCAUUUAAUCCUUUAACUGCAAAUUGGUACAUCUUUCCUUUAUUACUAAUCACUCUGAGACAUCUUUAUUUGUUUACAGCCACCUUCAGUCUUUAAAAUAAGUAGAAAUUGCAAAAUCUAUUCUUUCUUUAAUUGAUUUGCACCACUCACACCCUACAAUCAGUCAGUCAGUCAGUGUAUGUUUCUGUCUUCAUCUGCACCAGUCAUUCUUUUAUCUCCUGUCAGAAAGUCAGUCUGUGUUUCUGACCUUACUAGCUUUGAACUGGCCUAUAUGAUUCACUUAUCUUUCAGUCUAUCUGUCAUUUUUAUGGCAUCCCUACUGUUUAUUUUUCUAUUUUUUUUACUUUCAAUAUUCUUUCCUUCAUUUUCAAUAAUUUUAGUCAUGCUUUAUUCCUUCUUUCCUUCUUUUAUUCCUUCUUUCCCUCUUUUUUCAGCAAGCCAGUCAGUCAAUCAGUUAGUUUGGGUUUUUGGCAUCACUGUCUCUUUUACCUUCAAUAUUAUUAUUUGUUUUAUUAUCAGCCAGUCAGUCAGUCAGUCAGUUUGGGUUUUUUCAUGUUAUUUUUCAACUUCAUCAAUCUUUCUCUCAUUUUAAGCCAGCCAGUCAGCCAGUCAAUUGGGAUUUUGCAUAUUUUUUUUCUAACCACCAUUCUUUCUAUAAUUUUCAGCCUCUCUCAGUCAGUCAGUCAGUCAGUCAGUCAGUCAGUCAGUCAGUCAGUCAUCUCACGCCCCCCUCUCCCUUUAACUUAUCAGCAAACAUUUCACUUAACUUGUUACUUUCUUGCACACACUUCACUCAACCCUCAGUCUCCCUCAGAGUCAAUUGGCUCUCCGCGGUGGCAUCACUUUUUUAUCCUACCGUGGCCACCGUUCCUCCCACCGUUGUUGUAAAUAUAUAUCGUUGUUGCCUUGAUUAUCCCCUUGACCAUCCCACCGUCAACACUAGCCUCCCUCUGGUGUUUGUGUGAGUUUUAUGGCUAUAACUCAAGCCGUUGGAGUUAGGGAGUCUGUUGAGGCCGCCGGGAGUUGUUUGGUCUCUCCCCACGCAUGGCCGGAUUAAAAAGAAAAUGUAAUAACUGAAGCGUUGUCUUGUUUGUUGUAUGUUUUUCUCUGUCCCCUGUGUUUAUGAGCUCCUGAUCAUUACGCAUUGCAAUACCCCGGAAUGUUCAAUAUAUUUGUAGCCGUUAGGUUCUUUAUCGUUAAUUGUCGUUUUUGUGUGCCCUUUGCAAUUUUGUGUGCGCAUGAGGCUGCGUGUGUCAAGGCGUACAAGCGUGAGCGUGAGUGCGCGCGCGUGUGUGUGUGUGUGUGCGAGUGCAACAGGUGACGUCACCACCUCAAAUUGUUCCUGUUAGUUGGCUCACCUUUUACCGUGUAUGGUGUACUAAUUUAAUCUUACUGAAUGUUGUCCAAGUACAAAGGUCAGAAGAACCUCACCCAGACUGGAGGGGCGGGAGGGGGCAGGGGUUGGGGCAGGGGCAGGGGGCUUUGAGGGGUAGAGCAUGGGAAAGGGAAAGGGGGAGUAGGAAUAAAGGAACACUCAUCAUCGCCCCGUCAUGACUCACUCACAGCUUCACUCAUCCCUACAAAUCAUCAUCCCCUGUAGCAGCAGGAGGAGGAGAUGUUAGUUAGGUAUUCCUGCUUCUCUCUAAUGCAGCGAGCGAUCUGAUGUCUUGUGUCUGGAUGGAGGGAGGAAGGAGGGACUUGUUGUUGUUGUUGUAAAAGUUUUCUCUUUGGUUAUUAUUCACUUAUCAUUGUUAUUUUGUGCUUCUAUCUCACAGCACAGGAGUUAGGUGUGACUGUGUUGUGUGUAAGUGUGUGUGUGUGUGUGUGUGUGUGUGUGGAUAAGGAAAUAGAUGUACAAAAAAAAUGAGAGGCUUUUGUGUUUGUGUGAGUGUGUUAAUGUGUGUGUGUGUGUGUGUGUGUGUGUGUGUGUGUGUGAGACAGGCUUUUUUUAGGAAGAUCAGAUACAGGUUCGGAACUCACCACCUACAUUACAAAGGGUGGUGUGCAUGUUUGUGUGAUGAGAACGUCAGAGGUGGCUGUGGUGGUGGAGCGCACUUCACCACACCAGGGAACUGAAGAGGUGCAGUGUGGUGGUGGUGGUGGUGGCAGCAGUGGUGGUGACAGUACUACCACAAAAACUGAUAUGUAUGGUAGUGGUAGUAGUGAUAAAGAAACCCAGAAACAUCAUAACAUAAAAGCAAAGAGUGGUGGUGAACAGUGAAGGACAGACUGAAAAAUAAUGGUAGUGGUAGUGGUGGCGGUGGUGGUGGGGGCAGUGGUGGUGUGGGAGCCUGCCUGGACAACUUACCAAGCAAUCAAAGGGAGGAAGAAGGGAAACAGGGAGUGGACAAACCUAAGAUACUCCCUGCCUCUCCCAAACACCCAGCCUCCUGCAUCUCCCACCUCCCCCCGCUCCCCCCAGCUCAAACGGGGAACCACACAGCAGAGGAACAGGAUUAAAGAGCACCGUUUGGGCUUCAUAGUACAAGCUGGAGGCGAGUCUACAUAUUUGUGAUGCUGUGAGUGGUUGGUGUGGCAUGCCCUGCUACCACUAGGGGAGGUACUGGCCGCUGCUAUGCAUGUCCUGUGUUGUGCCUGCAUGACACCACCACCACCACCACCAUCAUCACCAUCCCACACCCUCCCAGAGCCUUCCCCUCCCAUCACCAACACCACCAACCACCAACCACCUUCUCUGGGGGUAUCUGGUGUGUGUGUGUGUGUGUGUGUGUGUGUGUGUGUGUGUGUGUGUGUGUGUGUUUGUUAUUUUUAUCCGUGAAUGGUGAGUAUUGUCCGGUUUACUUAUUUAUUUAGUCUUUUUUUUUUUUUCCAUUCCUACAUGUGAGUGAAACUGAAGCCUCUGCAAUGAUAUUAAUGAUGCCCUUUUUUAUGUGUAUGAGAAAUGUGGCUUUUAGUGUUGACAGAGAGAGAAAGAGAGAGAGAGAGAGAGAGAGAGAGAGAGAGAGAGAGAGAGAGAGAGAGAGAGAGAGAGAUUAUUCUACCAUAUUCUUACAAAAAAAAAAAAAAAAACUAAUAAAACAGGAAUUGUAUUAGUACAGGACAGAAUACAACAACAAUAACAACUUGCAAUAUAACAAAACAUUUAUACCCACAUUCAUAAACUCACUCACUUAGCCGAGAACAAUUAACUUUUUUUUUCUUCUCUUUCUUGUUUCUACUUUUAUUUUAUUUAUAGAGUGGUACAAAAACACUGGACAGUAUUUGCAAUGAACUGAGGUGAAGGUUCUGUCCUGUUAUCGCACAAAUCCUGAUGGUUAUUGUUUUUUUUUUUUUUUCGAGAAUAGGUAAUAUUAUUUUAUUUUAUCUUUUUUAUUUAUUUAUUUAUUUAUCACUUUUUUUUCUAUGGGCCGGGGGUGUUGCUGGUUGAAUUUUGGGAUCACGAAUCUAUUUUUUUACCGGGUUUAAAGAACGACGACCUUGUUUGUUUUAUAUAAGAUGUCCCCCACACACACAGUUCAAGGUAUAUUUAAGUUUACCCCAUAGAAUACUUUAUAUCUAAAAACAAACAAAAAAAAACAGAAAAAAUAAUAGUUUGCAUGUUUUUAUGUACGUAUGUAUGAGUAUGUAUCUUUUAUUCUUUAUUUUUCAUUUAUUUUAUUUUAUCUUUUAUUUUAUUUUUUAAGGUUGAUAUGGAAUGUUAUCUUUAUCUUUUUUCUGGCAAAUUUUCUUUUAGAUGUGUUUUAACCAAAGAUAAGAUGGGAUUCCCUGUUUAACAAUUCUGGCAGGAGGUUGGGAAGUGACUUGGUUUUAGAUAACAAAGUAAUAAAGAAAAAAAAUGAUAUUGCCGUGUGUCUCCGUGUCUGUGUGUUGCGAGAGACACGAACUUUGGUGCUGCGAUGGUUGAGGAGGCAGUGAGAAUGAGAAGGCCUUAUCUGGGAUGCUCAGAGCUGGAAGAUUUGUGGUUUUAGGACAUUUUUUCAGAUUUUGUAAUAUGUACCCAAAGGAAUACACACACACACACACACACACACACACACACACACACACACACACACACACACACACACACACACACACACACACACACACACCAGUAUUCAUGAUUUUCUUAUAUUAAAAAUGAAUGUUACCAUAAACCCUGAACAUCACACAAAUAAAAAAGAAAAACAGCACCAACCACUAACAGCAACACUAAGGUAAUACAGCACACUAAUAUCACAACAACAAAUAACAACACAAUCACAAAUCACAUCAAUGAAAAUAACAAAUAAAUAACACCAGCAUUCACAAACAUCCAUCUUUACACAAACACAUCACAAACUACACCAGCAUUCACAAACAUCCAUCUUUACACAAACACAUCACAAACUACACCAGCAUUCACAAACAUCCAUCUUUACACAAACACAUCACAAACUACACCAGCAUUCACAAACAUCCCACCUUAAGCAUCCCAGGUAAUGAAUUCUGAACGCACCAAGCAAGCAGAGGUGACAGGAAGCAGUAGGGAGUAAUCAGGCGCACUCAUAGAAGUCGUAUACCAGUUUGUCUCUCAGUUCUAAAAACAAGACUUCCAACUCACCAAAUGCCACAUCUCUGCAAGAUCCCAGCAAGAGUUCAAAGCGUAACAAACAAGCAGAGGUGACCGGCAGUAAGGAACAAUCAGACUCUCGUACUGGAAGUCACACCAAUCUGUCACACCAGUCUGUCAUGCGUUUCUAAAGACAAGGGAGCGACGCAGCAAAAAGUCACACCUCCACUGGACCCCGGCAAGAGUUCCAGGCAUUGCGUGGGGACAACCAAUCACUCUUAAACUAAUGUAAAGUUCCCGUAAAAAGUGCAGUAUGUAGGCUAAGGUGCAGGUUAAGUAAGUCAGCAAGUAAGCAGUGUUAAAGCAAAUCAAUUGGUUUAAGACGAAAAAUUACAAAAAAUACAAAAAACACUAGGUACUACCAUUAGAAGAAGGGGUCUAGCUAUACUCUGGACAACUUAUGAUCUCUUUCCCAUAGGUACAAUCACAUCUAGACAUACUAUAGAGAACCUUAGCCAUUACGUGGAAGGCUUUGUAAUGCUAGUUCUGCCCACCCUCGCUCCUACUCAACUCAGCACUUAAUCUCUUCACUCCCUUGGGUGCUAAAUGGGAAAUAAAGAAGAGGAAAUAGUUUGGUAUUUUAAUGGUAUGGCUUGGUAUUUUUUCCUUGCCUUUUCUUGUGUGUUACUAUCAGGAAAUGGGUUUACCAUACGGAAGAGGAAAUGGUAUGGUACUUUUCUUUGCCUUUUCUUGGGUAAUGUAAUAAAAUGGCUAUACAGUAACAAAGAAAUAGUUAGGAGUAAUGGUAAUGAUGGUGGGAGAGAAAACAUUAUGGGUAGAAUUGGUGGUGAUGGGUGAGGAAAUGGUGUGAGUAGAAAUAAUGGUGAUGAUGAAGUAAGAGGUGUUAUUUUUCUUUCUUGUGUGAUGAUAUUGGUGUGGUGAUAUUUCUCAGCUAGACUGGUGGUAUUGGUGUGUGUGUGUAUGUAGUAGUAGUAGUAGUAGUAGUAGUAGUAGUAGUAGUACCCAGUGAUGAACACACACACACACACACACACACACACACACACACACACACACACACACACACACACACACACACACACACACACACACACACACACACACACACACAC